AAAGAGAGACAAAACUGAAAACUACCCUUCAUUUCUUAUAUAUAUAUAUAUAUAUAUUAACACAUACACACAAGCCCAUUUGCUUUUAAUCCCUUACUCUCUCACUCGCCGACGAUUAUCUGUUUUCACAUUCUCUUUCAAGAAAAACACUCUGAUUUCCAAUAACAGCUUUCUUUGGAACCCUUCACAGUCCUUGCUCCAUUCUUGGUUUUGGUUUCAGUGUUUUUUGUGCCAGAAGGCAGUUUACUUUUGAGACAACAUUUGAGCUGGUUGACUGAGACUGGGAAAUGGAGUGCUAAGUUCUGACCUUGAGGUCGUGAAGUGAAACUCAAAUGGGUUCGGUGUUGAAGGACACGCUUAAGAGUCUUUGUUGCAGUAAUGGAUGGUCUUAUGGGGCUUUCUGGCGCUUUGAUCAAAGAAAUUCCAUGUUGUUGACUAUGGAAGAUGCCUACUAUGAAGAAGAAAUGGAGGCAGUAAUUAACAAUAUGCUUCUACAGGUCCACAUCAUGGGUGAAGGAUUUGUUGGUCAAGCUGCUUUGUCUGGGAAGUACCAAUGGAUUUUCUCAGAUGAUAACAAUAGAGGACGAAUUCCUGCUGGGAGUAAAGAUAAAUACGAGGAUGAUUCUGAGGUUACUUGUCAAUUUUUCACUGGACUAAAGACGAUUGUUGUAAUUCCUGUGGAAUCACAAGGGGUGAUACAAUUUGGAUCCACUCAGAAGAUAUUGGAGAUUCCAGAAUUUAUAAUUCAAGUAAAAAGGUUGUUUGCUGAGGUGGGAAAUAUUAAUGGCCUUGCUUCCCCAGACAACCCAACUUCAUCUUUGAACUAUGAAAAUUGUGAUCUAAAUGAGUGGUUUACUUCCUUCUGCAAUGGUAAUAUCACACCAAUGCAUGGUGGCAGCAGCAAUGAACUCAUGGAGGUAGCUUAUACUGCUUCAACAAAUCUUACCCAGUCCUCUGGUCCCAUUUCAGAUUUUCAACAAGAGAAGACAAACCUAUUAUGUUUGGACACAUCUCAUCUCAUUAGUCAAUUGGAGACAGCUGACGCUGAAGCUCAAAUGAUAUUAUCCAGCAAUCCUGAUACUAUGCUUCACUGGUUGUCUUCACAAUCUGCCAUUUCUGUUGAGAAUUCAGCUGCAAAAACCCCUUGCAUUAGUACUUGGAGUAGUGAAAGUUCUAUACUGACUUCGUUGGAGUCACAGUUGCCAUCUGAAAUGGGGAUCCUGGAUUCUCAAAAUGUCUCUUCUAAAAAAGAAAAUAUUCCGGUGUUUUGUGGAUAUUCAAAGCAGGAUUUUCAAGGGGAGUCAACGGUUACUUCAUUGCAUAGCACAGAGGGAUUGGUUAAUGUAGAAAAAGCUAUUCAACAAAAUUCUGCAAGAUCUCUGAGCAACUGUCAUUAUGCUUCAUCAUAUAAUGCUGAAAAAUGUGGAUCUCAGGAAAAAGAAACUAGCCUGCAGAAAUUCACAGAAGAGUUUAAGCUAGAUGAUUUUGCAACAGAUCUGUCUAACUGCUUUGUAGUGGAUAAUCUUUGUGAGUGGUUUUUGUCUCCAUCAGAGCAUGGCAUCACAAUGACUGAAAGUCUCUUACAAUCAGCAGGAGUUACUUCAAUGUCAUCUAGCUUGGUUGGAGAUGCAUUACAUGAAAUUCCAUUCACACAACCAGCUAAUUCAGUGCAAAGUUCCAUCACUGAUGCAUUUAUUUGUGAUGGACAACAGAAACCUGUAAUUAUGAAUGAUGCUGGCACUAAUCUGUUUGAUGGUUUGGGAUUGGAUUAUGGGUGUGGACAAGCUAGGGAUUGCCAAGAAAAUGGAACAAAGCCUGUUGUGAGUAGUGGUCAUGUAGCUAGUUGUACUGGUGUUUCAGAAUGCAUCUCAGAGUUGGAUUGUAAUCCUGGGGCUGGCCGCCGGAAAGGAUUAUUCUCAGAAUUAGGUCUUGAAGAGCUCAUAAAUGGAGGUAAUCAUUCUAAUUACAUUACCAACUCUAGCAUUGAUGAUCAGCUUUCCACUGCCAAGAGAAGAAGAUUGGAAACUUCAUCUUGCAGUCACGUUCAGUUAGGGAGCAUUUCUUGCUCGGGUGGCAGCAUGACGAUGCAGCCGUCAUAUUGUAAAGGCACGGGAAGCGAUCCUCUUUCAAAAAAAGAGGUUUUCCCAAAAUCACAGGCAGGCUUAUGGAUUGAUGAUAGCUAUAGCAUCAACAAUGGAGGUGUUGUUCUAACAAAAUCUAAGAAGCCUGAGGAGCCUACAAAGGCAACUAGGAAACGAGCCAGACCUGGGGAAAGUACUAGACCAAGGCCGAAAGACCGUCAACAGAUCCAAGACCGCAUGAAAGAGUUGAAAGGAAUCAUCCCUGAUGGUGGAAAGUGUAGCAUUGAUGCUUUGCUGGAUCGCACUAUCAAGUACUUGCUUUUCUUGCAAGGUGUAACAAAAUAUGCAGACAAGCUUAAACAAGCUGAUGAGAAGAAGCUCAUUGGUGAGGAGAACAAAACGGGGUUGAAAGACAACAGCACAAGUAGUGGUGGUGCUACAUGGGCAUUAGAAGUGGGAGAUCAAUCAAUGGUUUGUCCUAUCAUAGUUGAAGAUCUCAGUCCACCUGGCUUAAUGCUCAUCGAGAUGCUUUGUGAGGAUCGAGGAUUCUUUCUUGAGAUAGCUGAUGUAAUUAGGGGAUUUGGAUUGAAUAUAUUGAAGGGAGUGAUGGAAAGUCGAGAGGAUAAGAUAUGGGCACACUUCAUUGUUGAGGCCAAGACACCUAUAACUAGGAUAGACAUAUUAUGGUCUCUUGUCCAGCUUCUACACUUAACGUCCACAAGUGGGAUGGACUCAACAAAUCAGACAAGUAACAUUGUGAAUGGCAGGGUUCCUCUUUUAAACAACUGCCAGCAACCUGCAAUGCCCUGUCCUAUCAGCUUGGCUGAGACACAAAAAUGAUUGAUCUCAUGAAUAAGGAUUUCUAGAACACCUUGAGCAAUUCACACAUUUUGAAGUACUGCUGUGAUGGGUGUCGUGCUUGUAACAGCUGAGGCUGAAGUUGGAAGGGAGGCACUAGGUAGUCCAUUCCAUUUCGGCUGCCUUAAGAGGUGGAAAAAGAAAUGUGAAUACGUAUGAUAGAGGUAAAUACUUUCAAAGGAAUGGCAAGUGAUCAUCUUACUCUUUAUGUAUUUCCAAUGGAUACAUAUGGAGCAUACCGAAUGCAAGACAUGAUGUGCGCCCUUGUGCGUGAUCGGUGAUCCUGACGAGUGUAGUGGAUCUCAUUUGCAUUAUGACUGAAACAAACGUUAGAGAUGUAGAUUUGUUUGUGCUUUUAGUUUUCAUUAGCUUGCUCCUGCCAUAACCUCUUUAUAGCAUGAAGGUUUUAAACUAGUUAGUCGUAGGCUGACCUCUUAUUUGCUUUGUGGCCAUCUCUUGUUAUUUCACUAGACUAAUAAUAGGAAUUUGCUAUCCUUCUCUCA